AUCUGCUGGAGAACAGCCAAACAGCCAAAGAGCUGUACAAGUCAAAACCACGCCUCUGUUAUUUGACUCUCUUCCCCUGUCUGUGGCUCAACAGACUCAGUUCCGGGAAAUCAGCCACCCGUUGACAGCUGCCCUGCGAGGCUGCCAAGUGCAUCCACCCCACAGAGCCCAGGAGAACGUCAGCCCCGGGCCAUGAGGUUUCUGUGCCACGAUGGGGAAGGGAAUCCAAAAGCCAAAUUCUUCAAUCCAGGAAGAAACACUGAACACCUGCAGUGAUCCAGAGAAACAGUGCAAAUGGGGGUCCUACAGAACCGAGUCAGACCGGAGAACAUCCCCCAAGACGUGUGUUCUCACUCAGAGUGUGCUCCUGGGGAUCCUCACCUUGAGCCUGGUCGUGGCACUGACUGUUCUCAGUGUGAGACCCCCUUUCCCUGAGCCGGAAUUCUCCCACGUGUGCCCAGACACCUGGCCUGGUUUCCAAGGAAAAUGUUAUUAUUUUUCUGAGGCUGAGGGCAACUGGAGCACGGGCCGGACAAGGUGUGAGGCCCUGGGAGCUUCCCUGGCCACCAUAAGCACGAGGGUUGAACUGGCCUUCCUUCUGCGCUAUAAAGGCGAAGCAAACCAUUGGAUCGGGCUGGGAAUGAGGGAUAACGGCUGGGAGUGGAUCAAUGGCACGGCCUUGAACGGCAGGUUUGAGGUGAGGGGUGGAGGACCCUGUGGGUACCUGAACUAUGGGUGGAUCAGCUCGUCCCUGUGCCACACGGAGAAGAACUGGAUCUGCAGCCGCCCCAAUGACUAUGUCCUGUGGAAGGGGAAAUUAAGAGACCCCAAAACAGGAGUUUCACCCUAGAUCUCCAACCAGAUGAGGGAGCUUCACCCCAGCACUGCAACUGGAACUGCUGGGGGAACAUCCCAGUUGUCCGGUCAGGAAAUUUUCGCUGAAUAUCUCAAAAAUAUCUUGUAUUGGAAAGCACCUCACAAGGAUCAUCAAGUCCAACCCUCAGCCCUGCCCAGGCCCAUCCCCAGGAGUGACCCCCUGUGCCCCAGAGGAUCAUCCAAACCCUCCUGGAGCUCUGGCAGCUUUGGGGGCUGUGCCCACUACCCUGGGGAGCCUGGGCAGUGCCCCCCAACCAGCCUCUGGGGGAAGAACCUUUUCCUGGGAUCCAACCUGACCCUACCCUGACACAGCUCCAGCCGUUCCCUGGGGUCGGCAUCCAGAGGGAUCUUGAAAAGUCCUCCAGCAAAGCCUUGGACACUGUCUCCCAGGCCACACUCCUGGAAAAGCUGCAGCCCAUGGCCUGGACAGGGUUGCACAGGAAAGCAGGGAUGGAGCCGCUUGGCUUAUUGUUAUCUGUAGUAAUAUAAAAGCAUAAAAAUAACUCUUAAGUAUCAGGAACCAACAUUAUAUGACCCUGAGAGAAUCUCAAGGGGAGCUCAGCAACUUUAAUGCAGACAUGGUGAGAUGUAUCCAUGUGUGUGUGAAAUUGUUUGGGAGUAUUUUCUCCUGCUCUGUAAAUGCUUAAUUAAAAAGUAGAUAUAGAGAAAAGUCACUAACAGGAAUUUACUGCUUAUGUAACAGGGUGCAUAAACCAUGAAAAAAUUGUAAUAAAUUUUUUUUUUGUA